UCUGCCCAGCACUCAAGCUGGGCAUUUGAUAAAGCCUUUUACCUCCAGCCCUAUCUGCUCUUAGGAGUGAAGGAUACAGGAAAAGGAUCCUGGGAUUAAGUAAUCUUUUUUGGUCAUAUGCUGAGGAGUUGUUAACACCCUGCACAUUCCACCUUGCCAUGGUGUUGUACCAGUGCAGCCCUGAUCUUCUGUGUAGUGGGUGAUGACAUCAAGCAUCAGAAGACUUUCACAGGAUGUUUGUAAUAGACAACUAUCCCUUCAGUGUCAAUUGCUCAUCCUAAGGCAGUCCAGAUAUUUGAACACAGUACGUGAAGGAAUGUACAAAGACAGGAAAAACAACAGUUGAAAGAAAUCAACAAACCUCCUUUAUGCUAAGCACUGUCAGGGAGAGGUCUUCUGAUUUGAAAUGUCACCAAUAACUCUUUUGCUUUUAUUUUAUUCUUUUCUCCAAAAAGAGGUCCUAAUAUAUGCAUGACUGUCAAUGGCAGGAUACCAGCUCUGGUCACCGUGGACCCCACUGGACGAGAGCUUCCAAUGGCUGCGGCACACAACACCUACAUCUUCUUCAAAGCACCCUUUUAGGGCUUCCCCCUGCUUCCCACAUACCCCUUCUGACCUUGAAGUGCAGCUGUGCUUUCAAGAGGUCACUCUAGUUCUAGACAGCCCAUUCCUGGAGCCUGCGGUGAGUCCCAAGUUACCCUGCCACACAUCAGAGCUCCAAACCAUGAACAACAAGAAAGGGCUGGUCAGGAAGCCCCAGCCUGUCCGCCUCAGUGGAGUGGAUUCCGUGUUUGGCAGGGUCAUCACAGCUCAGCCACCAAAAUGGACCGGAACCUUCAGAGUUUCAGACAAAUCAGCCUUUUGCAAAAUCAUCAGCCGGGAGCACCAGUGGCCCACUGGACUUAAGGAACCUCAGAUUCAGAUGACAGUGACCAUGUGCAAACAGAUGCUGCGCUCUAUCCUCUUACUGUAUGCAACAUACAAGAAGUGCACUUUUGCCUUACAACACUCCAAGUAAAGGGUUCCCAUCUGAUUCCUGUUCCUUA